AUUAAGGUUGUAGCGGGGACGUGAUCCGCAACCUCGCGUCACCAAGCUGAAAUUCACGAUCGAGAAUCGUACACGAAAGCCACCAUGAACCAACCCAUGAGCAAACGUUGAAACGGCCGAUAGAACUCCCAUGGCUGAUUUCUCAAUCCCAUGAUCAAAGGAAGCUGCAGGGCUCCAAAUCAUUCACAAUGGCUCCGUCCAAAUCGACAGUGAUGCUCACGAUAGCUAACCUGUUCAUACCUAUUGCCAUAUUAACAUUUGCCAGCGGCUUCUUUCCAUACAAGCCAUUCCUUCCUGGUUUAGCAGAGUAUGAAGCCCUUGGGUUUGGGUUGGGCGCACCCCCCAAGGCGCCUUUCGACAAGGUCAUAUUCAUGGUGGUUGAUGCCCUCCGAAGUGACUUUGUAUUCUCUGACGAGUCAGGCUUCACUUUUACUCAAAGCUUAAUCUCCAAUGGCGCUGCGAUGCCGUUCACUGCUCAUGCAACAUCCCCAACUAUUACAAUGCCGCGGGUCAAAGCAAUUACGACUGGCUCUAUCCCCUCCUUCCUAGACGUCAUAUUGAACUUUGCCGAAUCCGACACCACCUCAAGCCUCGCGGCGCAGGAUACCUGGCUGGCUCAGAUGAAAGCAAAGGGUUCUGGAAAGCUGGUUAUGUACGGAGACGAUACGUGGUUGAAGCUAUUCCCAGAUACGUUUGAUCGCGCGGAUGGGACAUCCAGCUUUUUCGUUGCGGAUUUUACCGAAGUGGACAAUAAUGUGACUAGACAUGUCCCUGAAGAAUUGCGUAAUGACGAUUGGAACACAAUGGUCCUUCAUUAUCUUGGAAUGGAUCACAUUGGCCACAAGGCAGGCCCACGAAGCCCAAAUAUGUUGCCGAAGCAGAAGGAAAUGGACGGACUUGUUCAACAGAUGUAUACUGCAAUCGAGUCCCAAAAGCAUCUUGCGAAUACCCUUCUUAUUAUCUGUGGAGACCAUGGCAUGAAUGAUGCCGGAAACCACGGCGGCUCCGCGCCCGGAGAGACCUCCCCAGCAUUGGUUUUUAUGUCUCCAAAGCUGAAGAAGAUUUCUGCUGGACUCGAAAGCCCGAUUGCCCCUAGUGAUGAGUUUCAAUUCUACGAUACCAUCGAGCAAUCAGAUAUUGCACCGACACUGGCUGCGCUUUUAGGGUUCCCAGUCCCGAGGAACAAUCUGGGAAAUUUCAUUCGCAAUUUCCUUCCUUUCUGGAGUUCAGGGAAUGACCAGCUGCAUAUUCUUCUCGCAAAUGCAAAGCAGAUCUUAAAUGUUAUUGCUGCCGCCCAUCCAGCGUCAUUGUUCGGAGAAAAGAGUUCGCAGGAUUGCCAGAAGCCUUCGUCAGAUAUUGAGAAACUCGGCUGCGAUUGGAAACUUAUCACUGCCCAGCUUGAAGCCCGAAGCCACAAGAAGUCUGGGCAUAGUGAUUCGUUACAUGAAGACCUUAUUAACUGGUCAAGGCAUGCCCAAACUAUCAUGAGCAGUGCGGCAAGCAACUAUGACAUGACCAAGCUAUAUACUGGUCAGGCCAUUGCCAUGAUAUCAACUGUUCUAGCUGUUUUCACUGCAGCCCCAGUUCUUGGAAAGAGUCCACUGUUCGCACUAAUCACCCUCUUAUAUUCGAUAAUGAUGUUCGCAAGCAGCUAUGUAGAAGAAGAGCACAAUUUCUGGUACUGGGCAGCAUCCGGAUGGAUCACCGUUCUAAUCUUCAAGACGGCCAAGAGUUCAUUAACCACUUCCUUCAGCUGCGUAGUCGUCCUCGCUGGCCUCCGCUUCACACGUCGCUGGAACCAAACCGGACAGAAAUUUGCUGGCGAGCCAGAUAUCGCCCGCACUUUCCUGGCUGAGCACACCACGUUUCUAUGGGCGUUGGUUUUUGCUAUGUACAUGUGGAACUGCUACUCGCUCUCAUCAACUGGCUUCCCGCAUCUCCCGCGAUCGAUUGCAAAGGGCGUUGCACAGUUCCUGGCGGUUAUGGCUGCGGCGUUCAAGGUCGCGUUUACGCAUGAAGAUGCGCCUGAACUGUUGGACUGGACUGCAAGUAAAGUUGCGGAGCUGACUACGGGGUUCUCACUGGUUAAUAGGGCGAGGGGUGUCUUCAUCGGUAUCGGUCUUGCUUUGGCACAAACUAUCGGGGCAGAGUAUUUGUCCGCGGUCCGCAGGCAUCGUUUCACCUCAACUCGCACGAUUCACAAUCUCCUCACCCUCUUGCUUAUGACCCAAUCCCGCGCCACCAACAUCCCACUCCUUAUGAUCUUCUCCGCACAGUUCCACCUUCUCUUUAACCUAGACCUCAACCUCACCGAGGUCACCAUCACCUCUCUUGUAUUCCAAUACAUGUCCUUCUUCGCCUUCGGCGGCACCAACUCCAUCUCCUCCGUCGACCUCUCGAGCGCCUACAACGGCGUCAGCGGCUACAACAUCGUCGCCGUCGGAAUCCUCACUUUCGUGAGCAACUGGACCGGGCCCAUCUUCUGGACUUCCGCUACAACGAUGAUGCUCCUGCGUCUCCGGGCAGGGGGCGAGAAGAACGUGUUGUUGAAGUACAUCGCGCUGCAGACCGUAUUUGCAGCGACGGGAUUGGUAUUCAUCAUGGCGGCGUGCACGGUGCUGCGGACACACCUGUUCAUCUGGACGGUAUUUUCGCCAAAGUACCUGUACAGCAUGGCCUGGAGCAUCGGGCAGCAUAUCGGGAUGAAUAUCGGAUUGGGAAGCCUGCUGUUCUGGCUGGGCGCUUAUUAGACGGAUAGGGUGGGUGUAGAUAUUGGGUAUUUAUGUUGGUAUCUUGUGGCGUCGGUUCUUCAUUAGAUAUUAGAUACUAUAGCGUAUUGCGUCGCUUUUCAUAUAAGGCCGCUGAAUAAGUC